AAUCCCAAUCGGGUUAGCGUGACAAACAGGCGCUAUAGCAACUGGAAUCUUCCUCCUCCUUCCCGCCACAAACAACUGCAAAAAUGUCAGAAAUCAUAGACAUGAUUGCUCUCGAGCGAUACAUGCUCCCUCCUAUAACCUCUCCCACGCCCAACGUCCCUCCUACCCCGAAACCGGAAGUCACCAGUGGUGUCAGCUCCACCAUCCUCACCGAGGAGCCAGCAAACGAGAAAGCGAUCAAAAAGCUAAAAACGGAGGACAGGAAAGUCGAGGUGAGCCUCAGGGACCGACUCCUCCGCAAAUCGACACCGACUUUAGCGCCUCCGAUCACGAACUGGCGGCUGCGGUGCCUCUUCAGCCAGAUCGGUCGUGAUAACUAUUUAGUCUGGGACUGGCUCAGGAGCCCAAGCGUCGAACCGCACCUAAAGGAAUUUGCUGAGCUCUUUUCUGCCAGCAAGAUGCAUAGCCAGGCAUUUGAUCAAAAGUUGGAGGAAUACGUGGCGGAAGGGCAAGAAGACCCUCUUGACCACAUGAUAUGGAGGCGGAGAAGUGUUGCGCACAAGCAGUACAAAGACAACGCCAUAAAAGACAGGUUUCUGAGCGGGACAGAAAAUGAGUUGCACCAGUUCAGUUGGGAGGACCUCCUCUCGCGCAGCGCCAUGCUGUUGGUCCAUGACGGCCAACAGGCCAUAGACAGCCCUUUCAAGGACCUCGGCACCAGCGGCCGUGAGUGGUCUUUCGAGGUAGCGAUCACGGCGCUCAUCACCAUGCAUGAGGAGUUGCAGGCCGUGAACAAUGUCAUGGCUACCGAAGACCACGCGCUUGGCGACGAAACAAUUAAGAACCGUAAACGAGGCGAAGGGAAUUACGAAGCCUACUACGUACGCCGUCCGGAGAAGGAGCAUGUGUGGUGGAGCGUCAGUGAAGCCAGGUGGAACCACUUGAGCGAUGCGAUGAAGAAGAAGUGGAGCCACGUUGGAUGGAUCCUGGAAACGGAUGCUGGGGAACAGGCUCCUUCAGCUUGUCAGCAGUGCGAAGACAACAGGUCCCAAUGUUGGGUUUACAAGGAGCACGCAAAGGAGUCCAUUGGUCAGCCCGGGCAUGGCUGCGCUCGCUGCAAGUCAAAACAGUUGGCGUGUUCGCUGAAGCCUGCAAAGUUUUGCUAUCUUCGCAAGACCCGUCGCGCUAGUUGACAUCGGUAGCCAACCUAAGAGAUGCAAAUUUGCCGGAACUGCCUUGAAUACGGGAGCCAAACAGCGACCCAACCGCUGAGUAUCGUCAGGAUACGGUAUUUUG